AUGUUUGACAAAAUACAUUCGUUUGCGAAUUCGGUUGACGAUAAUAAGAGACUCAGCCGAUUUUCUGCUGAAUGUCUCACGAUUCCCUCCAGCGGGAAAGAGGGACGCAGCUGGGAUUCAGUUGACUCUCCCGUUAGCAUCGCAUCAAUGCUAUUUGAGCAGUCCGCCACCAAGAAACUGGCUAUUGAUAACAAAUUGCAAAAGAAGUGGACUCACGUUCUCACAGACCUCACCAGUAGUGCCUGUAGAAGAUUAAUCUUCGGAUAUCUAGCACAAAAGGACCUGCAUGAAGUAGUUCCCUCUCGCAGUCUGCGUGUGCCGAACUACCUGGAUAUCAAGACUCCGCUUCACAACAAACUACAAAAAAACGUGGAAAUGGGAGAAUUAGCCAGUCAUCCUGGUGGAUUGCCGAUAAUUACCGGCACAAUUGAAGGCACUGUGAUUGUCCAACAGACCUGUGGUUUGAUGGACAAGUUGUAA